ACAGCGGAACAAAAGAAAACGUCUUUGGGCAAUCAACUUGACCCGACUCAGGUGCGCAUCUGCGGCAGGUGCACGGCUGAGUUGAUUUGCCGCCGCUUUCCUUCCGCACAAGAGGCCAGCGGCAAACACGCGAUUCGACUCCCCUGUUGAGUGGCCAAAGAGCCGGACUGGAUUCACGAGCACGACGCGAGGGCCCGGUAGAGUUUUGUGCGAAUUUGGCAUGGUCGACUUCCACCAAAGAAGCCGUCAACAUCUUUGAAAAAGAGUUCAAAGGUGAAGCCCCGCCCUAAGGUGACAAGUGAAGCGUUUCCCCCUCAAUCCCAAGCAUGAAUCCUUGCUUGAACUCGACCGAGCCGGAACCGCCGCCGUACACGCCCCCGGCGGUCCCAACGGUCAACCGCCGUCCCGCGGCCUCUCCUCGGCCGGCGCCCGCGCUUCCCUCGCCGUCGUCGCACCAAGUGUGCGUGGGCGUCCCGUCGCCCGGCCCGCGCCCGUCCCCGCCGCCGCCGCCUCCGUCGGCGCUCCCCGAGGACGGCGCCCCGGACCUGGAGUGCUGGGUGUGCUACAGCCACUUCAAUAACGUCUUCCGCUGCCCCAAAUUGCUGGAGUGCCGGCACACGUUCUGCCUGGAGUGCCUGGCCCGCAUCAACGUCAAGUCGGCGCAGGCCGCCGCCAUCCGCUGCCCGCUGUGUCGCCGCGUGACGCCGCUGCCCGCCCUCGGCCUCCCUCGGCUCGCCACCGACGGCGACGUGCUGGCGUGCCUGCCGCCCGCCAUGCGACGCGUCUGCAGCGUUCGCUUCCAGCGUAGCAAGGGCAAGCUGCAGGUCAAGAGGUUAUCGCAAGGUCAGCGGCGGUGCACCGUAAGGUCGCUGGACGUGGGUCUGCCAAGCCCUCCCUCUCGGAACGCCGGCGGAAGCGGCGGCAUGGGCGGAGCCUUGUUCCGAUUGACGGGCCGGCCCGUGUGUCGAGCUUUGCUCCUCGCGCUGCUCCUCACCACGACCGUCGCGCUCACCGGCAUCGUCGUCUUCCUGCUGACCUACGACCCCGACGGUUUCUAGCUCGGAUGCCAAGUGUCCGUGCCGGUGCUCGGUCAUCGUCUCCGUGGCAACCGGGGAUGCUUGCUAACUCGGCGAUGGGAAAACCAGGGCGUCGAGUGGUUGCCGUGGCAAUCGGCUUGCGGGCGGUCCCCGUGACUGUUUG